AUGAAACGUAGUAACGAUAAUGCAAUAAUAGCUGAUUAUUAUCAUAAAGCUGCUCCGUUGAGAUUAAAGCAAUCCAUAAAUCGACCUUCAAAAAUUUAUCAAAAAUAUUCUACAAAUAUUAUUAGACGAACUGUAUAUCUUGGAAAUUUACCAUCAAAUGUAGAAGUUUAUAAACUUAUAAAUCAAAUCAAAGUUGGUCCAUUAGAGUCUGUCAAACUCCAUCCUGACAACACUUGUGCCUUCAUUUCUUUUAUGAAUGCUAUUCUUGCAAAAGCAUUUUAUGAUGAAGCUAUGACCAAACAAAUUUUUUAUGAAGGUCAAAAACUUUACGUUAGUUGUGGUAGACCAUCAGCUGUACCUUUAGGUGUUCAAUUAGCUGUUGAUGAAAACAAUGCUUCACAUUUGGCUGAAUAUGGUAAUAUUGAUACUAUUCAAAUUAUCAGAGGAAAAAAGAUUGGAUUAGUUCAUUUCUUGAAUAUUUCAAGUGCCAUUAGAGCAGUUAAAUCACUACCAUCAAAAUACGCAUACAAAGAGGUUAAAGUUGACUAUGCCAAAGACACAAUAAUAGCUGAUUAUUAUCAUAAAGCUGCUCCGUUGAGAUUAAAGCAAUCCAUAAAUCGACCUUCAAAAAUUUAUCAAAAAUAUUCUACAAAUAUUAUUAGACGAACUGUAUAUCUUGGAAAUUUACCAUCAAAUGUAGAAGUUUAUAAACUUAUAAAUCAAAUCAAAGUUGGUCCAUUAGAGUCUGUCAAACUCCAUCCUGACAACACUUGUGCCUUCAUUUCUUUUAUGAAUGCUAUUCUUGCAAAAGCAUUUUAUGAUGAAGCUAUGACCAAACAAAUUUUUUAUGAAGGUCAAAAACUUUACGUUAGUUGUGGUAGACCAUCAGCUGUACCUUUAGGUGUUCAAUUAGCUGUUGAUGAAAACAAUGCUUCACAUUUGGCUGAAUAUGGUAAUAUUGAUACUAUUCAAAUUAUCAGAGGAAAAAAGAUUGGAUUAGUUCAUUUCUCAAGUGCCAUUAGAGCAGUUAAAUCACUACCAUCAAAAUACGCAUACAAAGAGGUUAAAGUUGACUAUGCCAAAGACAGGUGUGAAAUAUAUAUGCAAAACACUCUCCUUCAAAGCUUUGGAAAUAAUGCCACAUUAAAGGCAGCUCAUAAUCCUUAUCCUAAUGUUAUGUCAACAACUCAUAAUCAUUAUUUUAAUGGUGUCGACAACUUGUAA